GGAAUACGUAUUCAGUUCUAGGACAACACGCGUAGCGGUGAAGACGGGAAAGCCUUGAAGCGGCGAAGUCGACGACCCUGCGCCGUCGCCGUCGCCGAUGCGGACGCCGAUGGGCUUUGCCGUCCGGGCACGCGUGCUGCUCUUCUUCGUGGCGGCCGCGGCGGCCGCCACCGUGACCGCCGAUCAGAUCUUCACCAGUUCAGGUGCACCGUUUGGGCGGAAUUCACGCGAGCCGAGGUACCAUGUCGAGUUCCAUCCUGUCGACGCGCCAUUUAAUCCAGAGAUUGGCCAGGAAUCUGUACCAAUGACUAACCAUGAGGGGAAACAUUAUACAUGCUUCCUACCAGUUGAGGAAACUAAAACCAUGAAGUCGAUUAUCCCACAGAACGCGUCCAAUGUUAUCAUAGAAAGUGAACGGAGAAUUAAGCCAAAGGAUCCAGAUGAAUUGCUGGAAAUUCUCAAGGAUCAGUGCUUCUACAGGCGUGAAGGUUGGUGGUCUUAUGAAUUCUGCUACUAUGGGAGAAUCCGACAGGUUCAUGUCGAGGGUGAGAAGGUUAUUCAAGAAUAUGUUCUGGGUGAAUAUGACGCCGAUGCAACUGAUGCUUACUAUGAAAAUCAAUCCUCUGAGUCUGCUGAUGAAGACAAUAACAUGAUAGAUACCUCUAAGAGGUAUCAUGUCCACCUGUACACAAAUGGGACUGUCUGUGAUCUCACUGAUAUACCCCGAGAAACAGAGGUUAGAUUUGUAUGUUCAGAACCCACUGUGUUGAUUAGUUCAAUUAAGGAGAUCUCUUCCUGCAAAUAUGUUUUAACAGUUCAAAGCCCAAUGCUUUGCAAGAACCCACUAUUUCAGCAAGAAAAACGUACCCUCUCCAUUCAUUGCAACGAGUUGCUAGCUGAAGCUGGAGAUAUCGUGGAUGAUGACUCUCUUCCAAAAGAAGCUCAGAUCUCCAUCAUUCACGAUCCAGAUGAAUUGCAUAAUUAUGCAGCUUAUGCUACUUGAUUAUUCAUCAAACAGUGAAGAGAAUCAUUUUUGGUGCGCAAUUGCAAUCCAGCAAGCUAACAAUGGUAUAGCGUGUUCACUGAGCAUAUAUACCAUUCAUGUGAAGCAGGUUGAGAUCAUCAGACUAACAUUGAUCAUGGAGGAACAUUACGGACGAUGAAUGCUUCUGUACUAGUAAAGGAAGUACUUCGAUUCAGUGUCAAGCUGUAGACAGUAAUGUUUUCUUGAUAUGUUUAUAAAAGAAAAUCUUGUGAUACUGAAAAGUGCAUGUUCAAACAUCGUUUCACUGCAAAAUACUGAUAUUGCUCUGAAGUGAAGAAUAAUCUUGUUAAAGCUCGGAGCAAAAGUGCUCGCUUAUUUUUGAGUGCAGAUCAAGGAAACAUAGAUGA